AUGGCAGGAGUGUCCAAGGCACUGUUGAUUCUUGUGGCCACCGUGUUAGCAGCCGCGGUUGCACCAGUGGCGCGUGGACAACAAGCGCCAUGUUACUUCGUGUUCGGAGACUCUGUCGUCGACAACGGUAACAACAAUGCCUUGAACACCUUUGUUAAGGUCAACUAUUUACCUUACGGUAUAGAUUUCCCCCAAGGUCCAACCGGUCGGUUUAGCAACGGACGCAAUAUUCCAGACUUCAUAGCUGAACUAAUGGGUUUCAAAAAUUUAAUUCCACCGUUCGCCGGAGCAUCACCGACACAAGCUAACAUCGGAAUCAACUAUGCUUCCGGUGGCGGCGGGAUCCGGCAAGAUACCAGCAAUGUUUUGAUGGCCCUGAGUUUGGGGAGUCAAAUAAACAACCACCAGUCGACGAUUAAAAACGCGGCGGUGCCACCAAGUCAGCUAAGUCGAUGCCUAUACACAUUCAACAUCGGAAGCAACGAUUACCUCAACAACUACUUCUUGCAGCCUUCUUCACCAACUCGUGGUCAAUAUACUCCUGAUCAGUAUGCUAGCUAUCUCAUAAGCCUCUACCAUGUUUCUUUGGAGAAAAUGUACUCGCUAGGCGCGAGGAAUAUGGCUUUGUUCGGAAUCAGUAGAAUCGGGUGUACGCCACGUGUUGUUGCUAGCCUCGGUGGUGGCGUUGACUGCGCAGAAGAAGUGAAUCAAGUGGUAAAUAUCUUCAACAAUAAACUCAAAGCCCUCGUCGCAGAAAUAAACAGCAAUCUUCAUGGGGUUAAGCUCACUUAUGUUGACCUCUACUCUGGAAAUGGUCUAGAUUUGGCCGCUCUUGGGUUACGGAGUUGCUGUAUGGUUAAUCCGGGUCAAGACCUUUGCGCAAAGGGUGGAUCAGUUUGUCCUGACCGAACCAAGUACCUAUAUUGGGAUCGAGUGCAUACCACAGAGACGAUUAGUGGCGUGGUAGCUAAGUCGGCGUUUGACGGAGUCAUAAGUUCUCCGUUUAGCAUAUCUCAGCUUGUGAAUUAA